GCAUAAUUUAUGACUCUAUUAAAUGGAGUCAAAUAUUUCAGGUGAACAGAUAUAGCAGUUUAAUCAGUAAUCAGAUUAAACAAAUAAUGCACAACAAUAAUAGUGUAUAAAAACCCAAUAACAGUUUGAGUCUUACUAAGUUUCUGCAGGUUUCUGAGAUCUCCUCCAGAUCAUGUAGAAGAUAAGCAUUCCUCUUUUUACACUGUACUAAUGGUGUCUAUGUGCUGAAAGGCAUGUGUCAAAAGCACAGCACACAUAGCAACCUUGAAACUACAUUAAGUUGCUGAUUCUAAAGGAAUUAUACUGAAGAUGUACAUUACAACAGUUUUGGCAGACAUCUGUCUCACUCAUGAGUUCAUAAAAUCCUGCUUAAUUACUUACAGAAAUAUUGGAGCAUAUAUUGAGACACAGUCAAUAGAAAAUUUAAGAUAAUAUAAACAAUUUUAGAGGGAUUCAUAAAACUCCCAGAAAACAUCUGUGAAUGAAUAAAUGUGUGUAAAAUAGAUUUUUAUUUUUAUUUUCCACUGUUUCUGUUUUCUUAUAAUUGCUUUUCUUACAGAAGCUAUUACAAUGGAAAACAAUGUGAAACCAAGUACUCGCGAGGACAUUUGCAUACAGUAUUUUUGCAUGAGAAGGCGCUAAGUGAUGGGCGGGGUCAAGACAGCCCCCUUUUCUUGUCACUGGCUGGUAUAUCAGCACAUGUGUUUGUGUUGGAGCCUCAGACUGACCGAAGGAGAAUGAAAAGAAGGGGUCUCCGCUCUGCAAAGACAACUCGUUCAGCUGGAUGGAUGUUUUGCUUGGAGAUAAAGGGAAUUGGUCCUGAAUUCUUGAACGGAUUAAAUCUGUGUUUUGAACGGGAUAGUUUGGAGACCCAUAGCGGUCAGGGAGAUGCACUGUAAGAUAACUCUUAUGCAUAAGAGCAACGGUAGCAGCCACUGAGGGAUUUUCACCAUGCAGGGAUACAUGUGGAAUUCAAAUCAACAUACACCAGCAAGAUACCUAGAACGACCUCCACCUCCUUAUCCACAACAAUUCCCACCUAAGUACCAAGCUGUCAGGAAUGAUCAGCCCAAUGCUUUCCAGGCUCUGUUCAAUCAACCCAAUGCGUUUCAGGCACAGUUCAACCAACCAAUACCCCAGGCGCAACAUUUUGCAACACCCGCAAGAUAUUCCAAUGGACAACAAGAGGCUACAAAUCAAUGGAACGCUUACUCAGACAGUGGUGACCGUUUUGUUCAUGGUUUUCAGUCAAACUCACGUGGAUAUGAUCAGACAAGGCAGCCAAACCAAAUCCAGCCAUUCACAGGCUCCAAUUUACAGUCGUAUUGCCAAUCUGAAAAACCCAACACGUAUAUGUACUAUAACCAAAGCAACACACAAUCGAACGCCUCUUGUCCACAGACAUACAGAAACACAGACUGUAGUCAAACUCCCAUGUAUUGGACUUCACAGUCGAACAAUGGCAGCUCUGUAGGUAACAACAGGGGUUGGACUAAUCACGUUUCCAACAAUGGCAACUCUUCUUCAAUGAGCAAUCAGCAACAAUUUCAAUCCCAAAGAAGGAUUCCUGCUUAUUAUUACCAUCAACAACAACAACCAGCAGCAACAACAACAACAACAACAGCAGCAGCAGCAGCACCAGCAGCAGCACCAGUUCUCUAGACAACAGUCAGGCAAAUGGCAGAAAAAAAAACUUUCAACAAAAGGACACCAACAAAGAUCUACUAGUUACAAUAACAGUCAAGCUCAGAACCAAAAAGCAAGCAUUGACAACUCAUCCAACCCCACGACUGCGCCAUCUGGAGAAAGUAACAGCAUGUCACUGCCUUCCAAUAACUUACACCAACGUCCUGUUUUCCGGCCAGAACUGAGGGUCAAUCCAGGUCCGGAUGUAUCUGCAACCCAGUCUCAGAGUAAUCAGAGUGUUGGGCAUCAGACUCAGAGAACAAACUGUGGGACAUAUAAUGCUAUGCAAACCGCUCAAACGAUACAGGCUAAUGAAGCCCAGCCUCCGGUUCACUCUAAAAUUAUCAACUCGCUCAUAUAUAAAUUAUUGUGUUCAGAUUCCAAGAAAGAGGCAAAUGUACAGCAAUCAAUUGCACAUCAAAACACCGGUCCACAGCAGUCUGAGGUUUGUGCAACGGACAGAACUGACCAUAACUCAGUAGAACAGUUUCAACCACCUAAUAAAAGUAUGAAGCAUGGUGUGGAUCAGAGAGGCUACUGGGAUAAAGAUAGAAGUUUGUCCAAAGACAGAACUGAUUUAGGCAUGCAAUCAGACGUACCUAGAACCCUUCAGACCACUAUUGAUGAGAACAGACUUAAAAUAAUGAAUCAACACAACAUACAUUACAGUACGGACCCUGCAGACUGCCUAGAAGCUGUGAUUGCGCUACAGAGAGCUGCUCAGCAAGGUCACAAGGCCAUAGCCAUUGUUCCUCCCAUUUCCCAGCAGCCCUUAACCAAUGCACAGAUUGUAGAUACCACCCCAAAAAAACCAGAUAGUCCACCAUUAAAGAUUGCUUCUGUGUGGUCACUUGGUGACAAGUCUGAUGCACAAAAGUCUAUAUCUGAAUCACCUUCACAUACACCUCAACAAGAUGACAAAAGCAUCGAAAAUGAUACUGAAAGCAGUACAGAACUGGAUACAUCUAGUGUAAGCACAGUCGAAUGUCAAAAUGAUGUGCAACAAGGUACUUCUGAUUUAAGCAAGCCUUCAUUUGACUUGUCCAGUGUGCCAGUGGUUGAGUACAACCUGGAGAAACUGAGGGACUUAGUGAACACUUUAGAGAGGACAGAGUUUUCAGAGCGACUUCCAGAGCACUCCGAGUUUGUUUUAGAUAGGAUUUUGAAAAUCUACUGGAAUGGGAACGAGGACAGUAUUUGGGAGCCUUUGGGAUCUUUGAUAAAUGAGUCACCACAGUCAUUUGAAGGAAUUGUGCGGGAUGUUGAGUCUGUGGUAUUUGAAAGUGUUGAAACUGAAAAUCUACAAAAGCUAGUUAAUUGCAACAUUCUCAAGAGUGGGAUGUAUUCUUCGUCGGAGGAGUUCAGGUCUUCUUGGUUAAACAUUGAUGGACAGCCAGCUGAUAUUGAAGGGGUGCUUUCAGAAGCACUGGCUGAUGACAUAACUGUGUAUAACAUGACAUCAGAAAACACUGAUGUAACUUCACCUGAUAUAGAUGUGAACUACCUCAAAUACUUGCCUGAAAUUUCAACCAGCGAGAAAAGUGUGAAGCUUAGCACAUGCAAUCAAGCAGAUCUUUCCACACCCUUGGCAGGAAGCGACAAAGAGGCAACAGCCUCCGAAAACAAUGGGCAUUCAUAUGUAGUUUCAUCUCCAAGUAAAAUGCAGAUGCAAAAUGACACUGAUCAAAGCCACACUUUAAAUACAAAUGGCUCAGGUCUCUCACCAUUAGCAGAAAGCUUGACGGAGAAACCUACAAACAAUAAAUCGCAGUCAUUCAAACAAGAUCACUCUAAGCAAUUGUGUGAUAAUGUGUUUGUGUCACAAUCACUUUCUGACGAUGUUUCAGAUGGUGUGAAAAGCUCUGAAAAAUGUUUAUCUACAGAGACUCUUUGCCGUGCAAUGGAUAUAUGUCAAGUACGAGACAUUUCCGACAAUGAAAAGCCAGACAAUACUAAGACUCUUAAUAACUCCUCAGAAACCUGGCCGGUAGAAGAUAUUUCUGAAGAUGAAAAUUCUGGAAAUAAGGAUGUUCCUCCUAAUGCCACAGACACCUGGAUUGUUGAAGAUAUUUCUGAAGAUGAAAAUUCCGGAAGUAAGGAUCUUCCUCUUAAUACAAUAGACACGUUGGUGGUAGAGGAUAUUUCUGAAGAUGAAAACUGUGGAAAUAAAAAAGUUCCUCCUAAUGCCACAGACACCUGGAUUGUAGAAGAUAUUUCUGACGAUGAUUCUGGAAAUAAGAUUGUUUCUCUUAAAGCCACAGACACAUGGCUGGUAGAGGAUAUUUCUGAAGACGAACAUUCUGGAAAUAAACAAGUUCCUCCCAAUGCCUCAAAUGCCUGGGUUGUAGAAGAUAUUUCUGACAACAUACAUUGUGGAAAUAUAAAGGUUCUUCCUGAUGCCUCUGACAUCUGGCAGGUGGAAGACAUCUCUGAUAAUGAGAAUUCAGGAGAUAAGGAGGUUCCUCCCAAUGCCUCAGAAAUCUGGCAGGUAGAAGACAUCUCUGAUGAUGAGAAUUCAGCAGAUAAGGACACUCUCAGUGAUUCCUCAGACAUAUGUAUUGUGGAAGAUGUUUCUAAUGAUGAAAACUCAAGCGAUGAUCCCAUGUCAAUGGAACUCACAGUGCUGUCAUUUGAAGAUGCAAAUACAAUUUUCCACCACAUAGAAGAUGAACCUGAAUGUGCAAUCAAAGCCAAAUCUGACUGCCCAAAUCUUGCUGCAUGCUCUGAUGUACCCAACCAUGAAUACUAUAAAACAACGAUUUGCUCUCUGUGCUCCAGCAACAUUGUGAGCUCAAAUUCUACGGAUUCAAUCAAGACAAACCAUGGUGGUGAUGGUCAGUUAUGCCUACAGUGUUGGGAACAGGCCCCAUUGCUUGAGCUAGAAGAUGAGCCUGAUAUUCUGGGCUCUCCUGCCAAAUCGAAUGAUCAAUCUGAAGACAAUCUUAAACACAAGAAACCAAAUGUUGAUGCACCUGUGACAUGCAUUGCAGAGGAAGGAUUGACCAUACCAAAAAGAGACAGUGUUGUAAAAUCACAACUGGGAGAAAAUUGUUGUCAACCUUCUCAAGUCAAAAAACCAACAGUUCCUUUACUAGAGGAAUGCGCUGAGCUCAAACAAAAGCCAAGUCCACCAUCUCCUAAACCUGAAUCUAAGAAUUCAACUUUGGGUUUAACUGAGCAGUGCAUUGAACUGAAACAAAAAUGUAUGCCAAUAUCUGUUGAAUCCGAAGUCAAGAAACCAACUGUUGCUUCAAAAGAGCAAUCCAAUGAACUGACACCCACUCAUAGUCUACUUUUUCGUGAGCUAGUCAAAAAACCAGCUGUUGUCUCAACAGAAGAAUGCAAUGCCCUUGAAGGACUGACUGGACCAGGAAGAGACCAUAUGGUCAAUUCAGAGCUGGGACAAAGACAUAGGUUGCCAUCUACUGAUUUCAAUGCUCAGGAGUCAACAUGUGCUUCACCAGGGACAAGCAUUGCAGAAGAACAAAUGACGGUUCAAAAAAGUAACUUCAUGGAAACAUUACAACUCAAACAAAACCGUAAUGAGCCUUGUUUGACUCUCCAGGGGUCAAGUACUGCUUCUGCAGUGCAGCAUGGACUUGUGUUACAAAAAUUUGGCAACAUGGCGAAAGGAGUCACUAAGACAUUGCCCAAAACUCCAAAAUCAGCUAAACGGGAGUCAAACAAAAAGAAGCUAAAGAUAAAAAUGACAUUUCCCAAGCGCAAAAAACCACCUUCAACCCCUUCUGCUUCUUCCAAACACAACCCAAAAUCUGCUAGUCCUAGCACUGUUCCUGAUGAGUGUGUGCUUUUUGCUCCAGAUAUUGUGGUUAAAAAGAUCUGUCCUCAAAAGAAAAAUGUACCUGCUGUACCUGCAACAAAACGUCCUAGUGUUGAGUGCAACAAGAUGAACAAAUCCAAAGAACGCCGGCCAGAAAUAAAAGACAUUAACUCACUGACUCAAACAGAAAGCAUACAAAAACGGAUAGAGAAAGGGUCUGAAGAUUCAAAUACAAGCCCAAUCCACAGGUCUGGAAAUGAGUUUGAGCUUCAUGGCAUUCUGACGGUAAAUAAAACGAAAGCAACCGUCCCAAAGAAAGUGAGAUUUGACUUGUUUGGGUCUAAAACAGAAGAGCAGAGCUAUGCUAAAGAGCGUCGAUUUUCAGCGCCUGCCACAUUAACGGUCUCCGAUUCGUGCAACGAUUAUACUGACGUGCUUUCUGCCAAACAAAAGGUUCACAACCUGUGGAGUAGCACGUUUAUACCACAAAAGAAAAACUUUUAUAAUAGGUCACAACAAGAGGGAACGCCGCAGAAGAACAAAACACUAAAACAUUACGAACAUUUAAAGUCAAAUAUGAGUGCUUUGAAAGACCACUUAACUCAAAGGGCCAUGCUUUUGUCCAAUAGUGAAGUGCAGUCUAGUCACUUUAGAAAGCCAUUUUCUAGGCAAAAGCUGUCAAAAACACUAAGUAGCUAAUGCCUGUGGUCCGUAUUGUUGCUUUUAUGUUUACUUAAAUAUGUUUACAAAUAAUAACUGUAACUGAGAUGUGCGCCAGUUUUCUGUGAAUGAUAGUCAUGGAUGUUUUUUUUAUUAUUAUUAUUAUUAUUAUUGUUUCAGAACUCAGAUCUUUAUUUUUUUACAGCAUUAUUGUUUGUGACUGAUUACAGUAUUGAUUUAGAAGUAUAUUUUUUAAUAAUUGUUUUUCUUUUACUAUUUUAAGUAUUUUCGAAUGUUAUUGCAAGAUGUAAAAUAUACAUUUGUGUUUGAAAAACGAGACAAUUUUUGGGAAAGUUGUGCAACAAUAAAUCUUGUAAUAUUGUAA